AUGUUCUCGUACGACUCUCUGAAGACGAUCGCCAAGUACUCGAAGUACGGAACAAUGUAAGUUGCUCUUUUCUCGUAUUGUACGGUAUCAUGACCAUCAUAUCAUUUCAGUGCGCCACUCGCCUCGUUCGAUCGCUCGCUGCGAGUGAUCACCAAGAUCAAGGCCUGGACCUUUGAGCAAGUGGUCUUCGAGCAGGACCAGGACCUUAACUCCAACCUCACGGUUGAUGGAGUUAACUGGACUUUCACUUUUGACGCCCAAACUGAGAAAGUAACCGUGUCCUGCGAGUCGGCCCCGUGGAAGACCAAGACGUUUGAGGAGAAGAACGUGGCCAAGCAAUACCUGGCUCAUUUUUUGGAGAGGCCGGUGAAGCACCUAACGCUCAUCCGAUGCGAGGAUCCUCUUGAGUUUGUGAAAGAGCUCAAGUGCGACUCUCUGACCGUGCACCUCGACUCGUUCACCAAUGAAUGGUUCGAGCGGAUCAAGGACCGAACGUUCGAGAAACUGGAGCUCAUCGAUUCGAGCUCCUGCUCCAACGUGGCCAGUCUGGAGAUUGCGAGAAAGGCCAAGAAGCUGGUGAUUCGCGGAAAGCUCGCCGCGAUGCUGAAUGAGGACACCAUCAUGCGGUACCACGUCCUCAGGAGCCAGCUGGUCAACGUCGUGUUGGAAAUGAACAACUGCACACCGUUAUUACGAAUGGCAGGGGUGAGUUACUUACAAUAUUUGUUGUAAAAUCAUAAUUCUCAAUUUUCAGUUCCUCAUCAUGAAUCAGUUGCCGAUAGGCAGUCACUUCACCGGAAUUUUCAAAAAUUCGCCUGGCGUGAAGAUGGCCACCUUCCAUCACUUCUUGCGGAACUGGCAGGGAUCAACGUAUGACAGAUUCGGGUAAGAUUUGAGCCUAAAAAUGCUUCUUCUGAAACUAAAUAUCAUUUUUUUUGCAGAGAACGAGUCGUUUUGGGAUCGGCCGAGGACUACACAAUCUCGGUCUAUCGGAACUUCCACAACGACGACAAGCCGGGAACGACCAGCUUCACGGUCAUCAAACUCAAGAAGCUUUAA